CAAUGAGCGGUCAGGAAAGCGCACGAGCUCUGAGGUUUCACUGUUAAUUAGUUAAUUAGUAAUUGAGGUUAUUGAGAAGAAACUUGAUGGUGUUCGAGGUCUGUCCUGUUCGGUGUUGCCGAGAGGUGAUUUCUGCGUGUCCAGGCAACACAGAGAGAACCAAGUGAGAGGAACAACUGGCCCCCCACCUCCUCACAAUCCUGCUCAAGAGAUGGAGAAGCUCCCGUUGCCUCGUGAUGAUGUUGAUGAUGUUCUUGGGAUGGCCCAGAGCCAAUCAGCAAUGAGUCUGGUUUCAGAGCCAGGGGCGGAGCCUGAUGGAGCAGCGGUACAGGGGGAGGAGCGUCCUGCGUGGGACAGUAAGUUACAGUAUGUCCUCGCCCAGGUGGGCUUCAGCGUUGGGCUCGGCAACGUGUGGCGUUUCCCAUAUCUCUGUCACCAAAACGGAGGAGGAGCAUUCCUGUUGCUGUACAUGCUGCUGCUGCUGCUGAUUGGAGUUCCUUUGUUUUUCAUGGAGCUGGCUGCCGGUCAGAAUAUCCGGCAGGGCAGCAUCGGUGUCUGGAAACACAUCUCGCCACGCCUCGCUGGCAUCGGCUACUCCAGCUGUAUGGUUUGUUCCUUUAUGGCUCUGUACUACAAUGUGAUCAUUGCUUGGGCUCUGUUUUACUUGGGGAAUUCCUUCCAGUACCCAUUACCAUGGCAACAGUGUCCCAUAGAACCCGGCAGUAAUCAGACAGUGAAAGAGUGUGCUGCCAGCUCUCCCACCUCUUAUUUCUGGUUCCGUAAGGCUCUUGAUAUCUCUGACUCAAUUGAUCAAUCUGGAGAGUUUAAUCCCAUCAUAACCGGGUGCCUGCUUGCAGCCUGGGCUAUAGUCUGUCUCGCCAUGAUCAAGGGCAUCAAGUCCUCAGCCAAGGUCAUGUACUUCUCCUCUAUUUUCCCAUAUGCUGUGCUCUUCUGUUUUCUCAUCAGAGGUCUGAUGCUGGAUGGAGCCAAAGAAGGACUCACCUACAUGUUCUUUCCAAAAUUAAAGAUCUGGGGUGAGGUGCAGGUGUGGCGGCAGGCUGCCACUCAGGUUUUCUUUGCCCUCGGUUUGGGCUACGGAUCUGUGAUCGCUUACUCCUCCUACAACCCAAUCAACAACAACUGCCACCGGGACGCCAUCAUGGUAUCUGCCAUCAACUUCAUGACUUCGGUCCUGGCCUCGCUCGUCGUCUUCGCGGUCCUCGGCUUCCGAGCUAAGAACAUUGCCACGGAGUGUGUUGUGGAGAAUGUGAGCAAAAUGUCGGAGAUGGCAGCUUCAGCCAUGGCUCAGCCCUGGUGGCCGUGGUUCAAUAUGUCUGACCCCAGAUCUGUGGAAAUAAAGGAUUACCGGGAGUGGUACAAACAUUAUGGGAGCUUUCUUGGCUCAAAUAUCACCGAUUGUGACCUGGAGAGAGAAAUGAACAAGGGAGUGGAAGGGACUGGUUUGGCAUUUAUAGCAUUCACUGAGGCCAUGGCGCUGUUCCCGGGCAGUCCGUUCUGGUCAGCAUUGUUCUUCCUCAUGCUCCUGAAUCUGGGUAUGUCCACCAUGUUCGGCACCAUGCAGGGCAUCCUCACGCCACUCAUGGACAACUUUAAAUUCCUAGGACGCCACAAGACACUGCUCACCGUGAUGAGCUGUAUCCUGGGCUUCCUGACUGGUCUGCUCUUCACUCAGCGCAGCGGGAACUACUUUGUGACCAUGUUUGAUGAUUAUUCGGCCACUUUGCCGUUGAUGAUCGUUGUCAUCUUUGAGACGAUCAGUGUGGCAUGGAUCUACGGUGCUGACCGGUUUCUGGACGAUGUGCAGGUGAUGAUGAAAUGGCGCCCUCCAGUGAUCUAUAAGUACAUGUGGAAGUAUGUGUGUCUGCUGGCGAUGGUGGGUCUGCUGACUGCUAGCCUGCUGCGCAUGUUCUUCAAGUGGCCCACUUACACAGCGUGGAACCAAACCACGGGGUCUGAGAGCAGCCUGGAAUACCCGGGUUGGGCCUUGGUGAUGCUCACGUUGCUCAUCAUCACUGCUGUCCUUCCAGUGCCUGCUGUUGGCAUACAUUCCCUUCUCGCUCAUAAGCGUGGCCAAUCACAGGCAGAGGGAGACGCUGAGCAUCACAGAAAACGAUACUCCAAAUGUAGUACCACUGAUCCAGAACUCAACAGCCACCACGCUCCUCUGGAUGAAGACGGCAGCCCACCCCGAAGCACCUUCCUGCCCGUGGCUACAGAUCACUACAGGCUUCUCUCGCAACAGGAAGGGGAAGAGGAGGAAGAGGAGGAGGAUGAUACAGAACUGUAAUAAAGGUGGACAAUAAAAAACAGACACUUGAAAUAGUGUCCUGGAGAAGUGAUUGGACAGGAAAUGACUCAAUAGGAUGCUGGAGUGUCUAGCAGGCAGUUGCCAAGGCAACUGUGCUUACAGUGUAAUUUUAAACAUUUUAAAGGUGUGCAGAAUUCAUAAAUGAUGAAGUGGGCUCUGUGAAGUAGAACAAACUCAGAUUUGGAAAAGAAUCAACACAAUCACAGUUAUCGCGAGUUAGAAACCAAACUGGAGUUGGUUGGAGUGAUUGCAUCCUUGAUACUGAAGCACUGAGGCAUGUGUCAUAAAAGCAAUAACUUAAACACUAUAUCAGUUCCUGAUUCAUUCUGCAAUAAGCACAGAUCCAGUGAUGACAAAUGCUUCGUUUUGGCGCAAGCCAAAUUUUGACUGGUUUGGAAACUGAUUCCAAAGAAAAGUAACCUCUGACAUGCGAUUUGAGCGUUGUUUAAGGACGUAGUGUAUUUGAGUGAAUUAGUCAUACAGACAUACUAGAUUUUGUAGCUAUGGAACCAACAAAGUCAUAUUCUGAAUAUAUAAUUUUUUUUUAUUUUUAGGAAAAACUUGGAUCAGUAAAUCAGAUUAAUCUCUCGUGUUUCACUGUUCAGUUAAUGAACUAAUAGAUGAUGAACUUACUGGGUUAAAUGUAAAUGAACAAGUAUGUUUGUACUUCUCAACAGGUUAAUUGUAGUUCCAUGAAACACCUUGACUUUGCAGCUUGGACACAUCGUCAGUGAUGAACCCAGGGUCAUUGGGUGUUUCGGGUCUUACAUCAGACACCCUCACUUGGGCAACCCAACCGGGGAUGAUCAGUCCCCGGUUUAUGUCCAAGCAGUGCGCUACUCCAUGUAUCUCCCCUCUUGAUCCACAGCCACCUUGAGGCUUUUUCGGCAGCCUCACUGAUGUUUCUGGUGGCUCUUCUUUCUAGCAACCCUCUGAUGCCAAGGAGCCUGAAUGCCCGGUGCACAGAUUGCCCUAGAAAACCCCUGCAGCCCACCUCGAUUGGCUCACAGCGGGCCCUCCAGCCACUCUCUCUGCAGGCCUCUACCAGCUCCAGGUAUUUGGCCUUCUUGUGUUCGUGGGCCUCCUCCAUCCGGUCUUCCCAGGGGACUGUAAGCUCCAGCAGCACUACUUGCUUAGUGGACUCAGAUGUUAAGACCAAGUCUGACCUGAGUAACGUCCUUGCAAUGCGCUCUGGGAACUUCAGCUGCUUCCCAAGGUCCACUUUCAAUUGCCAGUCAUGGGCUGUGGCUAGUAGCCCAGUCGAGACCUUGUGUGUCACCUGAGGUUUCUCCCCUGCCCUAACGAAGGUGAUGAUGUGCCUUGAUGGGAGCUGGUGUUUCCUCUGCUGGAUUCCGGUGCAGAUUGCAUCAGCUACUGCCUUCAGCACCUGGUCAUGGCACCAGGUGUACCUUCCCUCUCCCAGGGCUUUAGGGCAGCAGCUUAAGAUGUGCUCUAGGGAGCCUAGUCCCAGGUACAAUGGGCAUGCUGGUGUUUCUGCUAGCCCCCAGCAAUGCAGGUUGGAUGGGCUUGGGAGGACAUCAUACACCGACUGGAUCAGAAACUUGAGUCUUGCUGGCUCUGACUUCCAAAGCUCUGUCCAAGUGAUCUUCUGUGCAGAUGCAUUAUUCUAAUUGGUCCAAGCUCCUUGCUGGCGCAUGGCCAUGGACCUGCUGCGGCGUUCCACCUCUGCACGGAUCUCCGCCUGGACCAUCUGACGUCUCUCUUUCCCCUGGGCUUUGUUGUAGCGUGGUCUUGUGUAGCUACCAAGCCCAGCCCGUCUGACUGCCACCGAACCAACCAAGAUGCCAUGCCUCAACCUCGCUUCAGCCUGUUCCACCGCCUCCUGCGCCUUCCACUUCCUUCCGGUUCUGACGGUGAUGCCUGCGGAGGAGACUCUGUUGUCGGCUGAGUCUCUGUAAAGUAGCACCUCCCUGGCUCUGGUGACUUUGAACUCCUCUGUCAGACCAGUAAAAGGAAGCUGCGGCUUGUUGGUGUGCCCAUAGAGGGCAAUGCUACUUAGGCUCUUUGGAAGGCCCAGCCACCUGCGCAGGUACUGGCUGAUGUUGCACUCGAAGCCCUCCACGAUGGUUAUUGGAACUUCAUAUAUCAACAGUGGCCACAGUAGUUUCGGCAGGAUACGAUGUUGAUAUAUCCAUGCCUUGAACUUUCCUGGAAGACCUGACUUAUCCACUGCUGAUAGCCAGAUUUUCAGCUCCGCAUGCGUUGACUGGACUGCUGCCUCGUCUCUCAGGGUGCUGUCAAAGAUCUUCCCCAGGCUCUUGACGGGCUUCUCCGUCACUGAUGGAAUGAGGACUCCAUCCAAGUUGAAGUGGUACUUUUCCACCACUCUACCUUUCCUCAGGACCAGAGACCUGGAUUUGGCUGGCUUGAACAUCAUUCUCACCCAUGUGAUGAUCCUUUCCUGUCUACGCAGGAGCGAACGGCAUCCUGUCACUGUUGCUGCUGUGACCAUCAGGUCGUCCAUGAAGGCUCGAAUUGGAGGUUGGCAAAUGCCCGAUCUGGACAUUCCACUUCUGCUGCUUUGACCAUCAUGUUCAUCGCUAGGGCAAACAGCACCACUGAUAUGGUGCAACCAGUGAUGAUGCCUUUCUCUAAUCGAUGCUAUGCUGAUGUUGUUGUCCCAGAGGUGAAUCUCAGACUAAAACUAGUCCCAAAUGAGUUCGUUGAUCUUCUCCGGUACGUGGUAUGUUGUCAAAGCUGUUGACACAAGCUUGUGUGGAAUGGAUCUGUAGGCAUUGGCAAGGUCAAGCCAAAUAACUGCCAGGUCCCCUUGGUUUUCCCUUGCCUCCCUUAUCAACUGAGUGACCACUCCUGUGUGUUCUAAACAGCCUGGCAUGCCUGGAACUCCUCCCUUCUGCACUGUUGUGUCAAUAUAGGAAUUCCUCAGGAGGUACUCAGUUAGCCGGUUAGCAAGAAUCUUGAAAAAGAUCUUGCCUUCCAUGCUGAGCAGGGAAAUGGUGCGAAACUGUGAGAUGUUGCUUGCAUUCUCCUCCUUAGGUAUCCAGACACCUUCAGCAUAUCGCCACUGCUUGGCUGUCUUCCCCCUCCACCAUACUACCUUGAUGAGUCUCCACAGCCUCUCAAAUAGAUAAUAGAUGUAAUGUAACAUAGAAGUAUGCUAUAAUGACUUUUUUUAUUAUUUAUACAUUAUUAGAUCAUUAUUAAAUCAUCAUUAGUGUGACCAAUUGCUUUUAUUAAUUAAAAAAUAAUAUUGCAAUACUUUUUAUCCCCCGCUGGCUGAAAGGCCUGAAGGGGGAUUAUGUCGUGGUGAUAUCCGUCUGUCCAUCCCGGGAAGGAUGCUCACCUUCUGAAAUCAACUCCUCUCUCAGUUUUUGGAGGAAUUUCACAAAACUUGGCAGGAUUUUUUAUUAUAUGUCAGUGAUAUGCAUAUUGUAACUUUGUUAAAUUUGGUCACAUUUUACCAGAGUUACAGCCCUUGAUUUACAAAAUUAUACUUUGACAAUUUCAUGAAUGUGUGUUUUCCUUCUGACAUCUACUCCUCUCUCAAUUUUUGGAGGAAUUUCAUGAAACUUGGCAAAAGGCCUUAUUAUAAUGACGGUAAUACACAUAUUGUGAUUUAAUUUCGUUUGUGAAAAUUUUCCCAGAGUUUUGACCCUUGAUUAAAUUAAAUAACUUGUACUUUGACAAUUUCAUGAAGGUGUAUGUUCUUCUGAAAUCAACUCCUCUCACAAUUUGUGGAGGAAUUUCACCAAACUUGAUUCUUUGUUAUAUGUCGGUAAUAUGCAUAUUGCAAUUUCGCUCAAUUCAGUCGCAUUUUACCAGAGUUAUGGCCUAGUUGCCAGUGAGGGAUAUUGUGCUCUCAGAGUGCACUUUUAUUUUUCAAGGCACUAGAAUGCACCGAUUUGUUAGCCAGAAACCCAAAACCUAGCACUUCAUAGAUUACGAUCUGUACUGGUAGUCCUGCUUUUUCAUCACAAGAUGCCACAAGCAUCUCAUCUGCAUUGGGCUGAAAAGCUUCAAGCAAUUAAUUCUUAUAAAACAUUUAAGAGGAAAGCUUUAUUUUGCUAUCACUAGCUGGAAAUUUUAUUUUGAUGUGCGCAUAUGAUGUUUGCAUCAUUCUGCAGAUUAUUUACCCCGUUUUUCCAAAUCCUGACAAAAAUAUCCAGUACUAUACAAGCUGAGUUAACACUGGUAGUUCCUAAGUGCAAGAUUGAGAGUAGAGCCAAGAAAUGUGCUCAGUCAGUGUGUAAGAUCAGUGUGAAUGCACACUCUCAUUCCUGUGUGCUGAGCGCACACAGCCUGAAACAGCAAGAGGGAUACCAGAUCACUAGCAGUGGGUUUGGUAUGCAGUUUAACGAAUAUCAGGCUACUCUGCUCAUGUAAUAUAAAAUUUUAGUCAGUAAGGAUCUUAAAAUUAGAUAA